GGGAAAGGUUGUUUAGAGAUACAUUCCAGACCUCUGAACUUCCAGACAUUUCCAUAGGGCAUGUCUUUUACCUGCUCAGCCAGAGAGAUGGGGUCUUUCACAACACAUACACACACAAAAUGUCGGUGCCCGAGCCAUGGCCACGCUUAUUCCCAAGUCCCUGAGCAGCCUACCCUGGGAAGCACAGACUAUGCAUUUGAGAUGGCCAUUUCAAACAUCCGAUAUGGAGAAGGAGUUACAAAGGAGAUUGGAAUGGACCUGCAGAAUCUUGGUGCUAGAAGAGUUUGUUUGAUGACAGAUAAAAACCUCUCCAAACUCCCUCCUGUAAAUGCAGUACUGAAUUCUUUGGCAAAAUAUGGUAUAAACUUUCAGAUGUAUGAUAAUGUCCGGGUGGAACCAACAGACCAAAGUUUCCUGGAUGCCAUUCAAUUUGCCAAAAAGGGAGGGUUUGAUGCCUAUGUUGCUGUUGGAGGUGGGUCUGUGAUAGACACCUGUAAAGCUGCCAACCUGUUCGCAGCCAGCCCUAUGUCAGAAUUCUUGGAUUAUGUCAAUGCUCCUAUUGGGAAAGGGAAGCCUGUCACUGUUACCCUCAAGCCACUGAUUGCAGUUCCUACAACAUCUGGCACUGGAAGUGAAACCACUGGUGUUGCCAUUUUUGACUUCAAAGAACUAAAAGUUAAAACUGGUAUUGCUUCGAGAGCCAUUAAGCCAACAUUAGGCAUCAUUGAUCCUUUGCACACACUGUCUAUGCCUGAACGAAUAGUGGCCAACAGUGGCUUUGAUGUGCUUUGCCAUGCUCUGGAAUCCUACACUGCUCUUCCUUACAACAUGCGCAGUCCCUGCCCUUCAAACCCCAUCAACCGACCAGCUUACCAAGGCAGCAACCCUAUCAGUGAUGUCUGGGCUCUUCACGCUCUGCGUAUUGUGGCUAAAUAUUUGAAAAGAGCCAUCAGAAACCCUGAAGACCGUGAAGCAAGAGCCAACAUGCACCUGGCAAGUGCUUUUGCUGGUAUUGGCUUUGGCAAUGCUGGUGUCCAUCUCUGCCAUGGAAUGUCUUACCCUAUUUCUGGUUUGGUGAAAACUUAUAAACCAAAGGAUUAUAAUGUGGAUCACUCUUUAGUGCCCCAUGGCCUUUCUGUAGUGCUGACAUCCCCAGCAGUGUUUGCUUUCACGGCACAGAUAAAUCCUGAGCGGCACUUGGAAGCUGCAGAGAUUCUAGGAGCUGACAUCCGCACUGCCAGAAUCAAAGAUGCGGGGUUUAUUUUGGCAGACACACUCCGGAAAUUCCUAUUUGAUCUGAAUGUUGAUGAUGGCUUAGCUGCAAUUGGUUAUUCCAAAGCAGACAUCCCUGCAUUAGUCAAAGGCACUCUGCCUCAGGAGAGAGUGACUAAGCUAUCACCACGUCCCCAAACAGAAGAAGACUUAUCAGCCCUCUUUGAGGCUUCGAUGAAGCUUUAUUAGCUUAAACUUUGUGUUCUGAAAAGUGUGCUCUAUUCUAACACAGAGGUAAUUUCUUAUAGAUACAGCGCUGAAUUUGUUUAGAACGUGGAAGAACUUGGGUAUUUUUGACUUCUGUUCCAUCGUACAGUGCAAAAAGGUCACACAAUUCAUCUUUAGUUAAACAGUGCUUUGAAGUGAAGACUUGACAGUGGUUUCUUUUUUGCUCAGUAGUCAAUGGUAUUGACUUGCAUAAAAGUUGGAGCAGAUUUCUUGCAUUAGUGAAGGCUUUCUUGUGCUUUUGAGGUGGUCAAAGGUGGAAAAAUGUUUUAAGGAAUAUUCCAAACCAUUUUGCAAAUUAUGCUUCUACUUAAAUUAUCCUUUAUUUUGUUUUGAAAAGUCAUGCUAGUUACAAAAUAAGUAAGAUCAUUUUUAAUUAGGGAGGGGGAGUUCCCUGCAGAAAAUGUCAGCUUACUGUAUUCUGUUUUGAUUAUCGUCUUUUUACCAUCUGGUUUUGCUAAGAGAGCUAUUGAACUGGAGUACUUCUUCUAUCGUUUGGUUAGGAAAAAAAACUACACAUUUCAUAGUUGCUUGGAAAAGGCUUCCUGAAAAUUUGUUUUGGAUUAAAAUUCUGACAUGUAUUGUCAGAUAUUUAUCCUUCCUUUUAAGACCUAUGUGAAGUGUUCAUCAGGGGAACAAAAUCAGAGUAAAACACGGUCACAUGCUCAACAGGAACCAUGUAACAGCAAGGCAGUAUCCAUCAUGGUCAUUCUGUCUCUCUGGAGGCAAGAGCUCCCUUUUCCUGCUGUGUUCUGUGGAAGGAAGCUCUCAGCUGUAUCUUAUUUUGCUGUGAAUCAAUUGCUUCUGCUGAGCUCUUGCAGGUGCUGUCCCUCAGACUGCAGCCACCAGCUUAAGGAAGUGGCUGUGUGCUGUGGUUCAAUAUUAAAAAUUGGUGGUGAAGCUUAUGGCUGCACAUUGCCCCGUGGGGAGCACUGGUUAAAUGUGGGAAUGAGCCUGCACCUUCAGAGCAGUUAACCAGCUGGUGGACUGUUAACUGAGAAAGGGAAGUGGGGAAGGGAGAAAUGAAACUAAAAUUUUAAUACUAUUUUUCUUUUUUUAAAAGGUUCAAGUUGUUGUGUGUACAGUUCAUUUAAAUCACUUUCUGCUUUGUGUUGAGCUAUUUCAGCAUCUGAUUCAUGCAGCUACCACAGCACGAGAUAAAUGAGAGAAGAACCCUAUAACCUUAUUUCUUAUUUCUUUCUGCUUAUUUCUUAUUUCUUUCUGCUGGGAAGGGAGCACUUUUCAGUUACCCUGUUGAAGUAGAAAGCUCUAUACUUUCACCUUUGCAUUUACCCAUUUGUCUGAUCGAGCUAGUGCUGUCCUAGAAUCUGAGAACAGAUAUGUACUCAAUAUUGACGCUGAAUCUGUUUUAGUGCUGUUAGAAUAGGCAGAUGGAUGCUAUGGUUGAAGACUGGUUGUUUUUUGCAACAGAACACAUUUAGUGGCCAUAGGAUUGCACUGCCAGUAUGCCUCAGCCUGUGCUGGGAUACACAUUUCCAUGUCCUUCUGAAUCUUUUCCUCUACUGAAAUUGCCCACAAGUACCUCUGUCAUGAGAGGUGGUGUAAUAGAAAGAGAUUCACUUUGUUAUAUUGUGCAAAGCCUCAGUGUUUUG